GUUAAAUGCAGUGAGCGUCGGUGUACGUAAAAUGGCGGACGGUGACAUUGAUUUGUACGCCGACGAUCUCGAGCAAGAUUUCGCGCAGGAUGAAUUUGCUGGUGAUGGUGUUGAUUUGUAUGAUGAUGUGAUAGCAGCUCCAGCUGGUGGUAAUGGUGGUGUUUCUACGGGAAACAGUGGAGAUGGUGGAGGUGAUACUACUUCACCAAAUGAAGAAACAAACGGUAGUGCACCUUACCAUCAACUUGGGAAUAAUAUCCAACCAAAUCAGAUUGGAAGACGCCAUCAACUAUAUGUUGGAAAUUUGACUUGGUGGACAAGUGAUCAAGACAUAACUGAUGCAGUACAAAGUAUUGGUGUAUCAGAUUUUGUUGAAGUCAAAUUUUUUGAAAAUCGAGCCAAUGGACAAUCUAAGGGUUUUUGUGUGAUAUCCCUGGGUUCAGAACAAAGUAUGAGAAUAUGUAUGGAAAGAUUACCUAAAAAAGAAUUGCAUGGACAGAAUCCAGUAGUAACAUUUCCCACUAAACAAGCUUUGAAUCAAUUUGAGUCUCAGUGUAAGACACGUCCAGCUCCUGCUCCCCAACAGAGUCAGAGUCAACGCCCCCAUAAUCCACAUCAACAUCAGCCACCAAUGCCACCUCAUCAACAGCACCCACAACAUCCCCAACACCCUCAACAUUCACAACAAAAUCAUGGUCCUAGGAUGAUGAUGGGCCCUCCACAGGGUGUAAGACCACAGAGAAUGCCACCUCCAGGCAUGGGUCCACCAGGUCCAGGUGGGCCUGGGCAGCAAGGUCCACCACGUAUGCACGGUCCACCAAUGGGUCCUGGACCAGGACCACAUCAUCCUUUACCUGGUCAUCCCAAUCAAGGUCCACCACCUCCUGGUUAUCAACAAGGGCCAUGGAAUGGACCAAGACCCAAUGGUCCUCCUGGACCACCAAGAGGUCCAAGUGGACCUGGUGGUCCACCACAACAAGGGCCACCAGGACCAGGUCCUGGUCAACAUCGACCUCCUGGAAUGAGUUGCACUAGAGACCUUUCAGAAGCCAGUUACCAUAUACCACAGCAAUUUCAUGGUGGUCCACCUGGUCCACCUGGUCAAGGACCUCCACGUGGUCCACCUGGGCAUCCUGGUGGACCUCCAGGUGAUCCAAGAGGUGCCCAACCACGUCCUGAAUGGAAUAGACCACCAGGAAUGCAUCACGGGCCUCAGGGACCACCAGGUUUCCCUCAACAUCAACAUAUGCAAGGUCCGCAACCUGGCCAAGGCCCACCACAGAGAGGACCUCCUCCAGGUUCUAUGGGUGGAAUGUUACCAGGUCCAGGAGGACCACCACCUGGCCAUGGAGGCCCACCUCAAGGACCACCACAAGGGCCCCCAGGAGGGCCUGCUCCACAUGUGAAUCCAGCAUUUUUCCCACAAGGACCACCUCAUCAGCAUCCAGGACAACAUCCACCAGGUCCUCCUGGUCCACCUCAUGGGCCACCUCAUGGUCCACCACAUGGUCCACCUCAUGGUCCACCUCAUGGACCUCCACAUGGUCAGCCACAUGGACCACCCCAUGUCCCACCUCAUGGCUAUGGACCACCUGCAGCACAGCCACCUUACGGUGCACCAGGACCUGAUCACCGCCCAGAAGGUCCUCCUCCUCUUACAGAGCAAGAAUUUGAAGAAAUUAUGGGCAGAAAUAGAACUGUUUCUUCUUCUGCUAUUGCUCGAGCAGUAUCUGAUGCUGCGGCAGGAGAAUACGCAAGCGCCAUAGAAACUUUAGUUACAGCCAUUUCUUUGAUAAAACAAUCUAAGGUUGCUGCAGAUGAUAGAUGUAAGAUUUUAAUCAGUUCUCUUCAAGACACUUUACGUGGUGUCGAGACCAAGAGCUACGGAUCCGCACGUAGGGAACGAUCACGCUCACGCGAUAGGGAACGUAGUCACAGAAGAAGACGUGAGCGGUCAAGGAGUCGCGACAGGGAAUAUAGAGAAAGAAGCAGGGACAGAGAUAGAGAGCGUGACAGGGAACGCGAUCGUGAAAGGGAGAGGGAUCGUGAUCGUGACAGAGAACGUUAUUACAGUGAACCAUAUCCACGGGAGAGAUCACGAAGCAGGGAGAGGGAUCGUGAACGUGAAAGAGAUCGGGAAUAUAGAGAGCGAAGCAGAGAAGAAAGUACGACACGUCAGUCAGCCAGGCCAAGAGUAAAAGAAGAACCGCCAGAGACGGCUCCCGUCUCGUCUUCCAAGGCGUCUAGGUAUUAUGACGAUCGCUACAGAGAGCGUGAACGAGACAGAGAUCGAGAACGAGAGUCGAGCCGGAGACCAUCAGAGAGAGAACGAGAACCGGAGCGUGAACGGGAACGAGAGCGAGAAAGAGAUCGUCGUGACGAACGUGGAGACUCUUCGCAUCGUUCGAGGCAUUAAAAGCGAUAUCAAGCAGGAGAGAAAAAGGAUUCUUGUUGAAAAUCAAAGAUAACAGGAAACAGAGAGACUAAAAAUGAAAGGGGAAGACAAUGAAGAUGGUUGUGUAGCAUACAGUGAUCGCGGGAUCUUACCGUUGACUUUUUUGCAAACUUCAUCAAGAAACGGACCCAAGAGGAUACACACACCUUUAUCUCCUGAGGACACACGUCUAUCUUCUGUAUUUUGUCUGAAUAUCACAGUACCUCGAUACUUUCUCGACUGAUCAAGGAAACCGUUGGUUUUGGCAUGACAAGAAAUACGAUGAAUUUGAAAUUAAUUAGUUUUCGUAUAAAAUUGGUCUCGAUUCCAUUUGUGAUUGAUUUUGUAUCUGGAAAUUUAGA